UUGCAAAUAUGGCGUUGCUUUCGAGCGGGGUGGUUGUGGUUUUGGGAUUUAUAUUACGUUUGGGGCUUAUUUAUACACCUCUGGCGCGAUCGGUAUCCGAACGAGUCGAAGUGUCAACACCUAUGAACUCAUGGAGGCGGGUCACAGAAGGGCUCUACCUCUAUCGUAUGCAGCUCUCCCCGUAUGAUGGAGAUAUUUUUCAUGAGCCUCCUUUGAGCUUAAUUAUGUAUGACUAUGUCACAAAAACCAUGGAGAAGCAGUGGAUACCACUUUUGUUUAUUGCAUGUGACUUGGUGACAGCUUUACUUCUGGCACUUGGUGCAAAAAAGAGCAUCUCGUACAUGGUGCAAAAGGAGGCCCAGGUCAAGAAAGCAAAGAGUGCAAAGAACAUUACACUCACCAUGAAGUCAGCUGAUGCAGUUCCAAAACUUGUGUUGGCAGUGUAUUUAUUGUCUCCAUACAGCCUGCUAAAUUGCAUUGGCAUGGCUACAACACUGUUUUCGAACUUCCUUUUGGCUUUGUAUUUUGCCAGUUUUGUGUAUGGCUGGUGGCUUAUUGCUUCGGUCAUACUUGCUGUUGAAACAUACAAGUCAUUUUACCCUAUCAUGCUUUUACUCCCUGCACUGCUGUACCUGUAUGAGGUGAAAAGAAGUGCUUGUAGUCAUCGGCAAGCCAGCCUUUUAGUAUCAGCUGUUGUCAUCACCUUCUUGGUCACUCUGGGAGGGCUCCUGUAUGGAUCAUACCUGGUCACUGGCUCCUGGCAGUUUCUCCACUCUACCUAUGGCUGCAUAUGUGCUGUGCCAGACUUGACACCUAACAUAGGUGUCUUCUGGUACUUCUUUACUGAAGUUUUUGAACAUUUUCGGGUCUUUUUUCUCUGGAUCUUCCAACUUAAUGCCUUCGUCUAUAUGGUUCCAUUGAGCAUUCGUCUAAGGAAAGAACCACUACUCCUGUUCUUUUUACUGGUUGCAUUGACAGCAGUUUUCAAAUCCUAUCCUAGUAUCGGUGACGUCGCUCUCUAUACAUCUCUGCUGCCUGUCUGGAAGCAUGUCUUUCCAUAUAUGAAGCAGUACUUCCUGGUGGGCUGUAUAUUUGUAUCAUGCUCAGCACUUGCACCGCUUCUCUGGCACCUGUGGAUUUUUUCAAGUAGUGCCAAUGCCAACUUUUACUUUGGCAUUACAUUAGCCUUUAACACUGGUCAGAUUUUUCUCAUCACAGAUUUGCUAUUUGCUCACGUGAAGAGAAACUUCUAUCUUGAAAAUGGGGAUCCCAAAGAACUUGAAGAGAAGAAUAUGAAGUUAGAGCUGCGCUAGCAGCAGUGGACUUUAGAUCAUUUUUUUUUUUUUCAACUUCAAAUGUCGGUGGAGAGUUGCACAUUCAUUAUCUUGCAUUUCAUUCAAUGAUGGCAUUGUGUAAUAUCACAUUAGUAUGUGUGCUGUCGUGGUGAUAUGUUAGAUGUAUCAAAGUUGCCUACUCAACAUAAGACUGAGUACGUCACGUAAGUAGUCACCUGUAAAACAAGUCUCAACGCUUGUUGCAUAACUACUUUUUUGUAUAUUGCACUCCACAGUCACCUGUUUUUGCUCUUUAACGGCAAUAAGUGAAAGUAAGCAUUGUGUAGCUGCAAAAUGUGUAAAAGCUCUAAAACCUGAUCUCUUUCCCUUUGUAUCCUAAGAUGUUAAUUAAAUGGUGUUUUUCCCCUUAUUUUUUUAGGAUAGUUUUGUGUCAUAGGUGUUAGUGUUAUUUAUAUGUAAACUUCCUUGAUUUCUUUUUUGCUGUGACUGUGAUUAAGAUUGAAAACAGAGAGAGUUGGUGAUUUAUUUUGGGAUUUGUGCACAUGCUUCUUUUGUUGUUUCUUGUUUUGUGAUUACUUCACAAAUCACAAAAUAUGGUUUGAGUAUUUGUUAAUUUGGAUGGUGGUGGUUGAUUGAUGAGCAAAAUGAUGGUUUAUAACUCAGCACAGUGCACAGAACAUUUAACAUUUUAAUAAUAUUGUAAUAUAUCCUGGAACAUCGCAUAAAUGGUAAAUUAGCAGUGAGAAGCACUUGCUCAUAAUUGUGUGGUAUUACUGCUAUGGACAUUCUCAGCUUAUCCAAAGCAGUAGCAUUUACCAGAAUCAUAGUCCUGAUCUGUGCUUGUAAAAAGUGCUUGCUGUAACUUUUGUUCAGUACUAAAAACAUACUGGAGGCAUUGCAAUGCCUUUCAAAUAAUCUUUUCCUUCAGAAAUUUUUUGUAAAGGCUUAUUGUAGUAAUUUAAUAUAAAGAGUGUAGUGCUUACUUUCUCCAUUAUUGAAAAAAAUCAACAUAGUCAUGGGGAUGGGCAAUAAUUAUGGGCAGGUAAUCUACGGAUUGAAGGAAAUUCUCUUCAAGUUCAUUACAGCAAGGUUUUUCGUAAGUAAUGUAGCAACUAAUGUAAAUUCUUAGGUCUGUUUCACUGUGCAAAAAAGGGCUAACAACAUAAAAAAUUACGCUACUUUUCUGCACAGUCGCCGUCCAGAACUUUAAUUUGAUGUUAUCAGUGAUACCAAUCUGGUUAUUUCAUGAAACAGCAAAAUCCUUCAGGAAGUUUUUGUGCAUUGUCUUUCAUCUCUGGAAAAGCCAAGCGCAGGGGUGGUAUUCUACCAGUGCUCACUAAAUGGGCUGUUGGUUGCAGCAUGCACCGAUCGGAUAAAAAUUAGAGCGGAGUUCACAAUAGGCAUUCCCCUACUCACUCUCAAAAUUUAGCCAAUCGGAGGGUGUCUAAAUAGAUAUCACUAGAGCAUUGCAGACAUUUAAGUGUGUAAAUACAGGUUGCACAUUCCUGGAAAGAAAGUUUUCAAAUCCUGUUUUCUGAUGAGUUUAAGUAAGGAUGUGACCUAUUUCUGUGCUGUUUGAAAGAAGGUUGUGACCUAUUUCUGUGCUGUUGCUUCUUUCACGGGAACUCGUGACUGACUGGUGUAAUUGCCUGCGAUGAAAAAUCUUUACAGGAGCCAUGCUACUGAAUCUUAAUGAAUGGAGCAAAGUGUGCAUGGCACAUAUACCUCAGACACAUUAUGAAUGUAAUGUCAUGUUCAACAAGCUACGUUUGUUAAUACUGUCAUUUGCUUGCUGUCGUAUGGAAAAAAUUAACCAUUUAUGAUGAAAACCAAUUUUCAAGUGAAUGAUUGCACUGUAUUCACAUUAAAUUUAGAACCGAAUGCAUUGUGUCAAGGCCAGGGACAUUUUAGAAAAAUUGCUAAUUACUAGUCUUUUUCUAAUAUUUGUCAUUUAAAAUUGUGGUUUUUUAUUCUCAUUGCUGGUUCAUUGAUUUAAGAGCUCUUUGACAAAAAUUUGGUCUAAAUGCCAGUGGCUUUUAUUCUGCGGCCGCGAUUGUAUCGUCUGAUCAGUAUAGUUCAGUUCAUUUACACCUGCAUAUAGGAUUAAAUGUACAUGACCAAAAAGCUGCUCUCAAGGGACCAAAGCAGACUUCAAUGUGCUAUUAAAAAUUAUGGGAGGACCAUAUUGAGAACCUAUGUUGCAUAAAGCGGAUUGAAAAGGUGUAUGCGACGCUGUUGUUGGCUUGGCUUGAUUUAUGUUGUGCAGAUGUGACAAAUUAUAUAGAAUGGCUGGCAUAUACCUUUAAAGCAACUUUUACUAUUAGAAACAGCUAUUUAAAGGGUAUGUGAUAGUAAAUACAAACUUUUUGGCAUUUUUUUCUUCCGCAGUCACAGCACAAGAAGUUAUGAUGACAUUUGUCUUUGUCAUAUGGCAGCAUACAGGAAAAAUGAUGUUUUCUUAAGGUCAUUCGAUGAACAUCACGUUGCAAUAACCAUCUGAUGGAAGAAUUAAGUUACUUAUUAGUCAUUACAUUAACAGACAUUUAACCACAGCCUUUAACAAUGCAGGUUAUGCAUCAUAACAUUGUUUUAUGGUACUUGGAGCAUGCUACUUAUAAUUGUGAGCCAGACCUCAAAGGUACUGUACAUACCAUGUUAGCCUCAUUUCAGUGCUUAGUUUGUUAAAGCUUAUGCACAUCUACUUUAAAGAGCAAAUAGUUUAUUAUAAGCAACUACAAUGGCUGCUGUCUGCCUGUCAUCUCGUAAAUAUUGUGUUUUAGACAAGCUCGGUGAAUGUAUUGGUGUGGGUCAUCCCUUGUUUCUUCUUCUUUUUUGAUUUGUAUGUGAUUUUGAAUCAUUUCAUUAAAGUUAUUGCGGUACAAGAGAACAAUGUCAACAAUUAGGUACAGCCUGGAAAUGCACUGACCAGUACAAGGAAUUUAAUCUAGUGAUGCCAAGUAAAGUGUGUAUGCUGGUAUUUUGUCGCCAGAAAUAGCAUUUGAAAUAAGAAGUGGCUGUUUGGUUUAGUAGUAUUGCGUAUUGUAAUAAUUGUCAUUACUUGAGCUCACAAACGUCAACUUGUCUGUUUUGUUGUAAAAUAUAUGUUUGAAUGUUGACCGUCGUUUUUGUGUUGUGUGAAAAUGUGGUAUAAAAUACAGCUGUACAAAGGUAGUUUGUAAUCUGCUAUUGCAAUAUGCUAAAGGAACGCAUAUUUCUUGCCAACCCUAUUUUGCUGCUGACACUUGUACUGCAGUGGCCAAGUAAAUUUGAGUAUUAGUAAAACUGUUCUAGAAGAGCUAGAAAGAAUCUGUUAGCUAUGGCACUUGUAUAUUGUCAUGUCUGCAUCGUUUCUUUUCGUGGCCCUAACUGGUGCGUGGCUCCUCUGUGAUAAAUUGGUAACUACUUUUGCAUCAGUUCUAAAUACUAACUACUUAUGGUUAUUUGUAUAAGUGUGUUACAAAAGGAACAAAGUAAACAUUUUGCAUGUUAUUUUAUUGCUUUAUUUUUCAUACUAUAUGGUUGCAUACUUUUUGCAGUUAUUGUUGACGGCCGUUCUCACAACUUGUCAGAGCUGUUAUGUAUGCAUAUUUCACUGCCAGUGCAUUGGUAUUCAAUUAUGCUAAUAUACUAAGACCUGGAUUAGAGCUAGCAUAGCCAGGGGGCUGUGGGGUGUGGUCUAAUGAGCCAGAGAGAUUUGGUGUAAUAAUUAAAAUGUACAAAGCUAAUUAACAAUUUCUUGUUGGUGAAUCAUUCCAAUAAAACUUAAGGUGUGGCAAAAUAUUUGCGCCCCGACAAA